CUACCUUUCCCUCUCCACCCCUAUCAAUCUAAUAACUGCAUGAAACUUUCCGUCGUACGGUACUGCAGCUCACUGUGCACACUGCGCUCCCGCGCACGUUAGCACCCCUCCCUCUCUCAUCACACGUUAAUCGAGGCAAAAAUGCGCACGUCUUUCCCUCUUCCCCACUCUUUCCAUUUUUAGCUCUCCCCAUUUCUGGUGCACAACAUAUAUACUUACACCUAUACUUACAAAAACUUUUCUGUGUAGUGUGUUGGUUUUGAAGCGCAUUUAGUGUGUAGUGUGUGAUUUAUGUAGAGUGUUUGUGUUUGCUGUGGUGUUGUUGGAGAACUCUGUAGAAACAGUCGUUGAAGAUCUUCCCGCCAUUUCUCUUAAGCUGCUGCUAGGUAUUUGCUAGUGAUAUGUCAAUCCCUCGAGAAGAUGCAAGUGAACAAGGGAAUGUUGAUUUUAAGUGGGGACAUUUCUUAGCAAAAGGCGGGGCAAAUAAAGAUGUGCAUUUUUAUGAGUCCUUUACGUUUGAUGGUGUGGAAUACUGCCUUAAUGAUUCUGUGUAUAUGUGGAGGGAUGAUGUUGAAGAGCUGGAUAUUGGCAAGCUCGUAAAGGUGUGGGAGACGGCAAGCCGCAAGAGAAAAGUGAAGACAGUGUGGUUUUUACGUCCUAAUGACAUAAAGCAUUGGUUGGGCGAUGUUAAGCCGCUCAAGAAUGAAUUAUUCUUAGCUUCUGGUGAAGGAGUUGGCGUUUUCAACAUUAAUCCUCUGGAAUCAAUAUGUGGGAAAUGCAAUGUUAUUUGCACAUCAUAUGAUAGGAGGAACCCUCAAGUAUCUGAAGAAGAAUUAAAAAUUGCGGACUUUACCUUUUUUCGCACAUUUGAUGUUGGCAACUGCAAAAUAUCUGAUGAAUUUACUGAUUUGAUAGCUGGACACCGAGUUGAAAAUUUCUUUAACAAGAAAACUGACCAAAAGAAUAAAAGAUUACACGUCGAAGCGCAUUUGAAUCAGGAAGCCAGGAAAGUAGGUUCCCCGGCCAGGGUAGUCAGGGAUAAUGAUUAUAACAGGACUUCCUGUGUCAAGCAAUUAGACAAAGUUGCCAGUUUGGCUAAGAAGGACCUCUUCAGAGAUAAAAAUAUCACACAGAGGCCAAAAGCAAUCCUCGGGAAUGGUUCAGCGAAAACGCCUUCCGGUCAACUACUAGCUAAACGUAAAGUAAGAUAUUUAGAAGAUUUAACCCGUGCAAAUGAAUCUGAUACUAGUCCAUACAAGAAAAGAGCACCUCAAAAGAAUCCAGUGACAUCAGGUUCGAAAGAAGAUCUUGCAAACUUUGACGGCCUUUUGCCAAAUCUACCUGAUCAUAUACAAAACCUACUGAAUUCUAGGCACCCUUAUACAGAUAAAAGAGGACCUUCCAUUGGGGAGCUUAAUAACAAGAAAUCAAGUUCAAAUCUCGAUAGAAGAGCUGAUCAGUCUGAGCAUCAAAAGGGACUUGGAAUUCUGCGCCAAACUAUUAAGGUUUCUAGGAGACCAGAUGUGGCGAUGGAGUCGAAUAAAUGGUUCAAGCAAAAGUCAUGGCAGGAAAGGCUUGAGAGAGCUCAUGAAACAAACUGCCUUAUCUUGCUUGAAAAUCUUGACCCAUCAUAUACAUCUCAAGAUGUUGAGGAUAUUAUUUGGCAUGCAUUCCAAGAAAAUGUUUCUGCAAAGAUGAUACAGCGCAACAAAUUCUGUAGCCCACGAAAUGGGCGAGCGUUAAUCAUAUUCAAAUCAAAAGUUGUGGCUGACUCAGUUCUGUCAGAGUUAAACAAUAGAUGCUUAAUGUUAGAUGAUCAAAGGCCAGUUCUGGCUUGCAGGAGAAAUAUAAGGCAUCCAGACAAUCCUUCCAAAUUUUUCGGCCAUCUAUACAUGUAUAGACAGAGAUAUCAAAAGCAGCGGGAUGCGAAUGCAGUGUCAACAUCACAUUACUGCCAGCAAAAUACCAUUGAAUAUGAGCUGGCCCUGCAGUGGUGGAUAUUACAAAGCAAAUCAACUUUAGUGUGGGAUGCCUUGCAUGAGCAACAAGCAAAGGAGAUGGAAGUGCAUGCAAGUAAACUAAAAACUCGCAAUAUGAUCUGAAGCUCCGAUAUUCUUUUUCUGACUGGCCAUGCAGACAAUAGAAGAUUUCCUAAGAAUGAGAUAAACUAUUGGUCUGCGGUUUUUUUGGAAACCAGCAUUGUUGUAUUGUGCUGGUUAAAUGAUCUGUAGAUAAGCCACUCUUCGGCUCAUAGGAGAGUUUGAUCACUUCAGAAGUUGCCAAUUGAAAAUUUGGAAGCUGCAGUCGGCAGUUUCCCUGGUUUUCAUUUGGAUAUGUUGACUUUUAAGUGUUUUCACAGCAUACCUAGAAUCUUAUUUUUAAAACUUUUAUUUUGUAAAUAAAAAUAUGAUUGUGUUAUUUUUUA